UGAGGCUAUUGAGAAGCAGCCACUUGUUAAUGCGGUCCCUGCAUUUCUGUUUGCGACGUGUUUGCUCAUCUGUGACAUAAUACAUGUGUGCAAGAUACACACCGACUAGUGCCACGAAUAUCCAACUUACAGUAAAAAAUUAGUAAAUUGAAAGAAUUAUUUGUUGAAAAAUAAGCAAGAAAAAAAAUUGGGUAAAAAUUUCCAUGUGAGAUAAAAAGAAUAAAUCUUUUGGUCCAAAGUACUCCCCUGACACAGACUCUGAACCAGAGAACAUAACCUUCAAAAUAGAAAGGGUUGGUCAAAUGUUUUUCUAACAAUACAUGUGCGUGUGCGUGUGACAAGUGACAAGUGCCUUUGCAGAAGGUUAAAAAUCGUGUAUAGUUAAUUGAACGCUGUUGAACACCUUGAAGAAUGUCGGGAAAAGGAAAGAAAUUAAGGAAUCGAGUUGCUGAGAGGAGAAAAAGACAAGUUGUUGGCAAAGAGGAGAGAUAUCGUCAGGAACAAGACAGAUCUGACAGGGAAGAUGGAUCAGAAUCCGAAGAAGAAUCGACUAUUUCUUUUCCUGUGGCCAUGUGGGACUUGGAACACUGUGAUCCGAAAAAAUGUUCUGGCAGAAAAUUGGCGAGACACGGUUUAGUGAAAACAUUACGACUUGGAGCACGUUUCGCAGGAAUUGUCCUGACACCAGUUGGAAAAAAAUGUGUGAGUCCGAUGGAUAGAGAAAUUGUCGAGGAACAUGGUUGUGCAGUUGUUGAUUGCAGUUGGGCACGAUUGGAAGACACGCCGUUCUCUCGAAUGAAAACGCCAAAUCCGAGAUUAUUGCCGUUUUUGGUUGCGGCGAAUCCUAUAAAUUAUGGAAAACCGUGUCAAUUAAGUUGCGUUGAGGCAAUAGCUGCGACUUUAAUUAUAACUGGCUUUUCCACGGAGGCUGAAUUUUAUCUCAAUAAAUUUUCCUGGGGACACUCGUUUCUUGAAUUGAAUGCCGAAUUGCUUGAAAAAUACGCUAAAUGCACGAGUGUCGAGGAAAUAAUUGAAGUUCAGGAUAAAUUUCUCGCUGAUGCACGACAGGAGAAAAUUGAUCGACUUGCAAUGCCAGAUUUUCCACCCUCCGAAAGCAGUGAAUCCGAGGACGAAGAAGAGGAAAAGAUUACUGACACCAAAGAAGAAAAUUCGCCAGAUUUGAAAAUAGAUGCUGUUAGUAUAUCUGAUAAAUAAUGAAAAAUGAAAAGGUAGGUGAAGUUCACAACGUUUACGAUCAACGAAUUUAAAAAAAAUAAAAGUAUAAAAAGUUAAUAUGUAAUAAAAAUUAUUUAAAAAUGCCGUUUUCUGCAACGCGCGAAAUUUUCUUUUUGGAAAUCAUUUUACAUUCAGCCAAUAUUACAAACAAAAAUUUUGAUCCUAAUCUGAGUGGGGGAACCGCCCCAUUUACCACCCCCCAUGUAAUAAAAAUGAUUUAAAAUUUUAUUUUCUGCCACGCGCGAGAUUUUCUUUUUUGAAAUCAUUUUCCAUUGAGCCAAGAUUACAAACAAAAAAUUUGACCCAAAUCUGAGUG